AUGAAAACUAUCAUGUCGGCAUUCAAUGAGCCUACCGAUACUGAUCUAGACUCACGCAGUCUAGACAGCGAUCGCAAAUGGAGUCUGCAACCUCUGCUUCGCAGUGCUGAGCGCUCACAUAGCAAGAUGCCCGGCAUCAGGAAAAUUCCUCUUCGGGCGAUUGGAAUUAUUGCGCUUAUUGCCUUUUUGAAUAUUCUAGUUUGGGUUGCCGCGGCUAUUGUGCUGAGUUACCAUCCUUCGCUGGUUUCUACAGCUGCCCUUGCAUAUUCUCUUGGAUUGAGACAUGCAUUUGAUGCAGAUCACAUUUCUGCUAUCGAUCUAAUGACCAGAAGACUUCUAGCGACGGGACAACAGCCCGUUACUGUAGGCACGUUCUUCUCGCUUGGUCAUUCAACUAUCGUGAUAAUCACAUCUAUUGUCGUCGCAGCUACAGCAGCAGCAGUCUCUGAACGCUUCGACAGCUUCAGCACAGUCGGUGGAAUCAUUGGUACCUCCGUCAGCGCUGCCUUCUUGAUCCUGCUCGGUCUUAUGAAUGCGUAUAUCCUGUAUAAACUCGUGAAACAGAUGCAAAAGGUCUUCAGUCUCCCCGAGGGCCACGAGGAUGAAGCGUGGAAGAUCGAGGGCGGAGGAAUCCUUUUCAAGAUCUUGAAGAAAAUGUUCAAAUUGAUUGACCGUCCAUGGAAGAUGUAUCCCCUUGGAAUUCUGUUCGGUCUUGGCUUCGACACCUCGUCCGAGAUCGCCCUACUGGGAAUCUCAUCCAUUGAAGCAGCGAAGGGAACAUCAUUCUGGGUAAUUCUCAUUCUCCCAGCUCUAUUCACAGCUGGCAUGUGUCUCCUCGACACAAUCGACGGAGCUCUGAUGUUCUCCCUCUACAUCCAGCCAGCAGCCAACUUCCUCCCGAAAAAGCCAACAAGCAUCUCAGACACCUCAUCGACAGCCAGCGAUCCAAAUGAGCUUCCACAGUCGCGAAACAACCACCGCGACCCUGUCGCAUUUCUAUACUACUCAAUCGUGCUGACUACGCUAACCGUCAUCGUGGCGAUUGUGAUUGGCGUGAUCCAACUGCUCAGUCUCAUCCUGAACGUCACGGAUGCUAAAGGAAAGUUCUGGGACGGUGUCCAGGUUGCUGGUGACUACUAUGAUGCUAUCGGUGGGGGUAUCUGUGGUUGCUUUAUCGUAUUUGGUGGGCUGAGCGUUCUAGUCUACAAGCCAUGGCGCAGAUGGAUGGAUCAGCGACAUGGGAAGAAUCCAAUCAACGAUGUGGAAAGGUAUAGAGAUGAUGACGUCUCUCCCAAUGAUGAUGUUAUUGUGACUGAGACAGCCAGUGCUCAGCACAAGGGUACGGCUACUGAGGUUGGUGGGAAGGGCGCUUCGUCUCACGUUGUUGUCAGGGAGACUGAUGAACCGAGACUUGAAGACCACAUCGUGUGA